AGGAUUGGAUCAGAACUAAUUGGAGAUACAAAAAGGCAAAAGAAGAUCGAUCAAUCGACUACUCGUCACGCUCGAAAAUUGAUGUGCUCCUUCUGUAUGUCGAUCCAUAUUUGGGAUGAUGAGAAAACGAAUUGUUAGUAAUAAACUUCAAGCCAUCGGUGUUGUUGUAGGACAUCAGCCUAGUUCCAAAUCUUUGAACAUCGAUUGGGAAAGCCACUGGCUUCUGCUACGCUGGAAUUUUUCAAGAGAAGAUGGCUGAAAAUGAAAUUGAGGAAAUGUUAAAUCACCUAAGAAGGAUCAAGAGUGGAGGUAAUCUGGAUAGCACCAAGAUUGAUCAAAUUAAGGGACUUGAAAUGAUGCUAAGAAUUUUGAGAACCUUUAUAAAGUAUCAUCAUGUUCUUUUUCGUGAGUCCUUAGUCAAACACACAAAGAAUGCCAAAUCGACUAUGGCAGUGCUUAACUGGGUAUUGGAUGGGAUUCCAGAUGAAUGUAAAACUAACCUUAAUCUAGAAAGGCUAGAAUCACAUUUGUUGGAAUUCUUGGAACGUAAUACCAUUUUAAGUUACAAUUAUGAGUUGAAUGAUUUUGAUAUGUCGGAAUGUAUGGAUUACGCCGGAAAGAAUCUAAAUGAUGUACUGUUGUUCGGCCUGGAAAGGGCUAGGUCUGACCCUCCUGAAGAAAACCAUGAAAUACACAGAUUUUUAAAGGAACUGAAAGUUGUUCAAAAGAAACUGAGAUUUUUGACAUAUUUAUAUGCUACAGAGAUAAAUGGUUACGUCAACCAUGAGAAGCUGGAAUGUUUGGAGACUCGAAUUCAGUUCAUGGCUAACAAUGUGGGACAUUUGUGUCUUGCUUUGUCUAAUCUUGUAAAUGAUAUAGAUGAGGAUGAGGAUGUGGAUGAGUAUGAGGAUCUCUUGAAUACACCUCCUUAUCUAUUAUUCUUGAUUGUGUUAGUGGAGCUGGAAAUGAAGAAGAUUUUUCUUAGUGAACUAAAGGCUUCAAAGUUUACUAAUUCAAGAACUUUCAAAGACAAGAAAUUACCAAAAGGAUUUUCUCAUCAUCUCCACAAAUUGUUAAUGUAUCUCAGAAAAGAAAAGCUCGAAAACUUUCCUGAUGAUGUCUCUGCUCAAAAUAUUGAUGUGGCAAUAGAGUUCUUGUUGGUCUUCCUUGAUGCUGAUGUGUCAAAUCAUGUUAUUAAUGGUAACUGGUUGAAUGAGGUUAUGGAAAAAGUUGGAGUUAUAGCAGGUUAUGCUCUAUAUGUCAUAGAAAAGCUUCUUCCUAGCUCUAUAAACAAAGAUGACACUAGCAAAAUAAGUCGUUGCUCGAUACAGAUAUUGGAGAAAACUGAAGAUCUGAAGGCACAAGUGGAAACUUACUACAAAUCCUUAACGUUUACUCCAUCUCAGCUUCCUACUGUUGGUGGAUGGACCUUUCUGGAUUCUAUUAUACGGAAACUGAAUGAGAUGUCGAAAUGUAAAUUUAGUUUAGAUUUCCUGAUGAAAUCUCUUUUGGGGAAUUUGGAGAAAGAGCUAUCAACUCUUACAUCCAUUUUAGAGAAGGAUCUGUCAUCUUUAUCAUCCAUUUUCAGAGAUGUCGUCGAGGUGCACCAUGAACAUGAAAUUCUUCAAGAUCUUCACAGGCGUACUAUCAAUUUGGCACAUGAAGCUGAAGUUGCCAUUGACUCUAUUCUUGCUCACAACAAUCUGUUUUGGCAUAUUUUUUGCUCACUUCCUACAAUCUUAAAAGAGAUCAAGCAAAUUAAUGUGCAGGUGACUGAGAUGUGGUCAACAGAAGUUGCUCUUAAGCCUUGCUAUGCAGUAGCACCAUUUAAACACCAGCCAACUCAACGUAGCAAUCUAGUGACUGAUGAGGAGAUAGUGGGUUUUGAGAAUGACACAGAAAUAAUGAUUAAGUAUCUGAUUAGAGGUGCAAAUGAGCUAGACGUAAUCCCCAUUGUAGGCAUGGGGGGACAAGGUAAAACAACAAUUGCUAGAAAGGUGUACAAUAUUGACAACAUUGUUUGUCAUUUUGAUGUUCGAGCAUGGUGCAUCGUUUCUCAAACAUAUAACCGGAGAAAGCUAUUACAAGAGAUUUUGAGUCAAGUUACCGGUUCCAAGGACAAGGGAGACAAGGAUGACAUCCUUGCUGAUGAGUUGAGGAAAAGCUUAAUGGGCAAGAGAUAUCUCAUUGUUUUGGAUGAUAUGUGGGAUUAUAUGGCAUGGGAUGACUUGAGGCUUUCUUUUCCAGAUUUCAGAAAUAGAAGCAGAAUAGUAGUAACAACUCGACUUGAGAAAGUGGGCGAGCAAGUCAAGUACCAUACUGAUCCUUAUUCUCUUCGGUUCCUCACAACAGAAGAGAGUUGCCAAUUAUUGCAGAAAAAAGUGUUUCCAGAGGAAGAUUGCCCACCUGAACUACAAGAUGUGAGUCAAGCAGUUGCAGAAACAUGCAAAGGAUUGCCUCUAGUGGUUGUCUUGGUAGCUGGAAUAAUCAAAAAAAGGAAAAUGGAAGAAUCUUGGUGGAAUGAGGUGAAAGAUUCUUUAUUUGACUAUCUUGAUUGUGAGUCGGAAGGAUAUAGUCUUUCAACUAUGCAGUUGAGUUACUAUAACUUAACCGACUGUUUAAAGCCUUGUCUUCUUUAUAUGGGGAUGUUUCAGGAGGAUGCAAUAAUUCCAGUAUCUGAAUUGAUAAGUCUAUGGAUUGCGGAAGGACUCGUGCAGAACAUUGAAUCUGGGAGAUUGAUGGAAGAGGCAGCUGAAGGUUACUUGAUGGAUCUCAUUCACAGUAAUGUGGUAAUGGUUUCAAAAAGAAGUUAUAAUGGUAAGGUCAAAUACUGUCAGGUUCAUGAUGUAGUGCUUCACUUUUGCUUGGAGAAGAGUCGAGAAGAAAAGUUUAUGUUGGCAGUGAAGGGGCAUUAUAGCCAGUUUCAACCUUUUGAAUGGAAGGAAAGUCGAGUGAGCUUCAGUUUCAUUAAAGAGGUUUCCAAGUUUGCAUCUCUAGUAUCCAAAACACGGAAGCCUUUCCACCAACACUUGAGGUCACUGAUAGCGAUAAAUGACCUAGAGUUAAUUGAUGGGAUUCCCUUCUGUCAGAUUCUUAAAUUGCGACUUCUUAAGGUCUUGGAUUUGACUUCCCAUGAAGUGGGUUAUUUGUCGUCAGCUACAUUUAAACCACUAAAUCACCUGAAAUACCUCGCAGUUUGUGCAAAGAAAUUCUAUUUUCAUCCAGAAUCACAUCUGCCCAGUCUUGAAACUUUAAUUGUAAAUAGUUAUUUGGAUAAUGUACAGUUACCAGCGUCUUUUUGGGAGAUGGAAAAAUUAAGGCAUGUUAAGAUUUGGAAUGCUAAAUUUGAUUUGGAAGAGGAUAAUCCGGGGCUCUUUGAAGGAUCCUCUGAAUUGGAAAAUUUGAGGAUAUUGAAGUAUGUAAAAUUUCGAAUUGAUGAAGGGGAUAAGGUGGAUGUGUUAUCAAGGAGGUGUCCUAAUCUUCAAAAACUGAACAUCGAUUUUGAAUAUUGGGGCAGUAAAAAUUCGGCAGAUUUAUUUUGUCUCACAUUGGAGAAUCUUACCCAGCUUCAAUAUCUUUUCCUUUACAUUGAGAGGCCCAACAUUAUAUCUGGGUUACAAUUGCCUUCAAAUUUAAAGAAGUUGGUACUAUGUGGGAUUGAUAUAGAAAACCUGGUUUCCUUCAUUGCGGGACUACCAAGCCUAGAGUAUCUCCAAUUAUUGGAACCGUACAAUUUUUUUCAAAGCAGAGAUUGGUGCCUUGGAGAUAUCACAUUCCAUAACCUUAAGUGCUUGAAACUGUCGCGCUUAAAUAUCUCAAGGUGGGAUGCCUCGGAGGAAUCCUUUCCCCAGCUCAAAACACUUGUUAUAGAAAGGUGUGACCACCUCAAGGAGAUCCCCCUUACCUUUGCAGAUAUUCUAACACUGAAACAGAUUAAGUUGAUUUGGUGUGAAAACAAAUCUCUGGAGGCUUCAGCAGUGAGAAUCAAGGAAGAAGUCAAAGAUAUUGAAGGAUGCGACCGUAUUGACCUCAUUAUCACAGAUUGGUGAAUCAAGUAUGUGCCUGUAACCACAACAAUGCAAGUUCAUGACGGCUUGCAUCCACACAUUAUCCAGCACAAUGAAACAUUUGCCUUCUCUGUCAAUAGAUUCACAUACUAUUUUUGGCAGUUCCUUCACAUCCAUGUCUUGAUAUUCUGAAGUGAGCAAGUUUCUUCAUGUCUUUUAGAGUACUAAGAAAGACCCCAUUUAGUUUGUAUUACGGGCCUACGUUCAUGAAAAACUCAAAGGAAAC